GAGACUCCAGUAAGGAUGCAACCGUGCUGUGAAUCUGUAAAUAGUUCUUGCAUAAGGAGCAGCUGGUCAAACAGUACUCGUGUUUCCAUGUAUAUCUUCAUGGUUUGCAUUAUUCUAGCCACAGUGGUUGGAAAUUUGACAGUUAUCAUCUCAAUAUCACACUUCAAGCAACUCCAUACGCCUACUAAUUUCCUGAUACUUUCAAUGGCUACAGUAGACUUCCUGCUGGGAUUCUUCAUCAUGCCUUGCAGUAUGGUGCGCUCUGUUGAGAACUGCUGGUAUUUUGGGGAGCUCUUCUGCAAGAUCCACACAAGCAUGGACAUUAUGCUGAGCACAGCUUCUAUUUUCCACCUUUCCUUCAUAUCCAUUGAUCGUUACUAUGCUGUGUGUGAUCCUUUAAGAUACAAAUCCAAGAUAAAUACUUUUGUUAUUGUGGUCAUGGUAUUCAUAAGUUGGACAGUCCCUGCUGCUUUUGCUUUUGGGAUGAUCUUUCUAGACCUGAACUUGAGAGGGGUAGAAAAGAUUUAUAAUCAUGUCCAUUGUGCAGGAGGAUGCCUUCUCAUUUUUAGUGAAACUUCAGGUAUUGUGGCCUCUGUAGUAUCUUUUUACAUCCCUGGAUUUGUUAUGCUGUACAUCUAUAGGAAAAUAUACUCUGUAGCCAAGAAGCAGGCAAGAUCCAUUGAUGCAAUUAGCAAAAAAAAGGUGCAAUUUGAAAUGAAGAAUCACAUUUCAUUCUGCAAAGAAGGGAAAGCUGCUAAGACGUUAGGCAUAAUAAUGGGGGUGUUUCUCAUCUGCUGGACUCCAUUCUUCUUCUUUACAGCUACCAAUCCAUUUAUGAAUUAUGUGAUACCUCCUAUUCUCAUUGAUGCUCUGGUUUGGUUUGGCUAUUUAAAUUCUACACUUAAUCCAAUUGUUUAUGCAUUUUUUUACAUGUGGUUUCGCAGGGCAUUAAAAAUUAUUCUGUUUGGAAAAAUUUUUCAACAGGACUCUUCCAGGUCUCAUUUGUUUUCAGAUUAA